GUUCCCCUAGGUUAUUCGCCUCGCGUAUAGCCACAGAAACUAAACAGCUUGGUCUGGACUAUAGCCUCUUCGUAUUAAGGACAUGCAUCUCCCGUUUCCCUCAUCUCCUCUGCCCUCCUCUCUCCCAACUGUGCGUAUCCCAUAUGUCUAUCAUUAUGAUCUCUUGGGUUGCCUUCUAAAGUGUGUGCAUAUUUUUGGGUGCCGCAGACGACAGCGGCCGGUCUCCUCCCCUCCACACGCCGCUGAUACAUACAUAUACCUCUCGCCCACCAUCCUGUCGGAUUUUCCUAUCAUCCAUAUGACCGGCCUUUAUUGCCACCCUUCCUUGCUUGGAAUUGCUUAUUACCGGACGUUGUGAUUUACAUAUCUGGGGCCACCCCCCGUCGCAGGUCCAAUGGCCCAUAUAGCUGCCUGCCUAGUCGACAGUGAUACCGAGAGCGUUGCCAGCCUGAGAAGCUAUAUAGCGAAUGUGUUCUCCGCUGAUGCUUCAACCGAUUCGCUGUUAUCUACCAGCUCGUCCGAGGAGAAGAAGCCAUUCGUCUGGAGGAUGCAGAACCCGGAGAGCACCCGGAAGUAUCAGUUGUUUCCCAAGGAGAAACAUCUUCCGUCCGUAGCUAGCGGCAAGCAGCUGGAUCCGGAGCAGGCCUUCGCGAUGGCUAUGGGUCAGCCCGUGGAUCGGGCCGACAAGUCGUCUGUGACGAAUGGUCUGCGGAUGCGCAUCAAGGAGCACAACCUGAACCGGAGGAGGAAAGUCAGCGUCACUGAGCUGGGUCCCAUGACGACGGUGCAAGAGGUUUCCAUGGAUUCUCCAACCAUCCCAGGCCGGCCUGCGCUGCAUGAACGGUCUAUCAGCACUCCUGUCAACUCCUGGCGCCAGCGUCGGCCUACUGAGCCUGUGAUUCGCGUCAAAGAGACUCUAGACGAGAGCCCAGAGAUCUCUACUUCUAACGAAUCGCAGAAGCCCGGUACUCCAUCGGCUUUGAGGCAACCGCUCUCCCCCAAAGAUCUGGCACCUUUGACUAUCCCGCCGCCGAGCGGCGCAAUCCCACGACUAGCUCGUCAGCUGUCCUUGAGCCGUCUUCGCUCCGGCAUCUCGCUAUCGGAUUCCGGGCCCAAGCAAAAUCGAGCUGACGAUUCACCCAAGCUGCGAAAUCCGUUUGCGCCUGCCCUGGCCUCGGCCACGACCGCGACGCCUAUGUCUGCGACGACGAGUAUGACCGCCUCUACGCUUCCGACGCCCGUAUCGGCGCCUCCCGAGUCCCGAGAAUCCCCACGGCCUUGGGAGAAGAUGAGCCUCAGUACGCCGGUGGCCGCCCCGCAAGAAAGCCCCGACGUCACGGCAACCUCGAAGGUAGAGCCCGAUGCGCAGUCGUGGGUCCCGCACAACAUGUCGCACAGGAGAGGAAAAUCCGAGUCGGCGAGCAUUAUGGAUCGCGGGCGGCCACGGAAACGAAGCGACGGUACGCCCAUCGGCGGCGGCCGCAAACGAAGCAUGUCGAAGAGGAGCACCAGCGCGGAACGUCGAGCGUUUGAGGAGCUGCCCCAGGGGUGGAAGCCGAGCGAGGCGGUCAAGAUGAUGGAUCAAGCCGAGAUUGACCAAUUGCAAAAGCAAGCUCUGGGCCAAGCCCUGAGAUUCGAGGUGCUCAGGAAGGAUGACGUCGAGAACCUCUCAAAGGAGCUUCGCCACCUUGACGAACGAACUGAGUAUCUACGCCGCACGUAUACAUCUCUCCGUGCCGGGCGCCGCAAUCUCCACACUCGCAUCUGCCAGUAUUUACGAUCGCCUCGCGUUGCUAAAUUUAGCUACGAGUCGAUGUUGAAACAAGAGGAGACGCUAGCCGAGCUCGACGCCUCCAUCGACGACUGGGUGAGCAAGCUCGAGCAGGCCGAGAACCGACGGACGCGUGUCAGACAGAAACUUCUCGAGCAUGUCGCCGCCGCGUCGACGCUGGCAUUGGUGAAGGAGACCGCCACGGCUGGCGCUAGUGACAUUCCUCAGCAAGCCAUGGGGGUACGGCUCCCCAAUGGGGCGUCUGAUAUCUCGACGCCACCGCGGAGCCCGAGCAAGAGCGCUACGCCUGCCCACUUUCACUCUCCGUCUCCUUCGCCCCAGCGCGUCGUUGCCAGGGUACCCUCGAUGAUACCGGAGCUGCCGUACGAAGAGGCCGAGGAUGGUUUCCCCAAUCACGGUCGCAAGAGCUCGUCCGCCGAGUCGGCGCUUCAGCGAGGGGAGAGCAUCCGCAUCUACGCCGACAGCGACGUGUAUGCCCUCCUGGCUGACGUGGAGAGCGAGUUUACCAAGCUGAACGGUGGCGUCGCGAGCUCCGACUCUGCUGCGGCCCAACCCGAGACAGACGAGCAGCUAAAGGUUUUACACCGUACCCGCAGCCACGACAUUCUUAGCAACAGUUACCCGAGAGCACUCAGCAAGACGCCACCCACCUCACCUCCAGUAUCCACCCUGCCCGCUCUGCCCGCUCUGCCCGUGAAGAACUCGCCGAGAGAGGGCGAGAUCUUCCUGACCGCCGCCGUCUUCCAGCCGGAUCGAACACCUGUUUCGGAAUGAACCCACGGGGUUCGCUGAGCACGGCACGCAAUUCACAGUACCAUACCCCCCCCCUCCCCCCCUCACUUCUCUUCCCUUUUCUACCCGAAUCGAUUUCGUGUUCUAUCUUCGCUACUUGUCUUACCACAUUCCUUUGACGACUUUUUUUUUUAACGAUCGACGAUUUACGGCCGGCCACAAAAAUCAGCCAUUUAGCAUAAUACCAUUCUCGUCAUUCCUUUAGAAUCCGUUGCAUAAAUACACCUUGGGGUUGGGGGCCUCCGGCGUUCCUUGAUUCAGAAACCAUUCAUUCAAUUUUUUUUCGUCGUCGUCGUCUUAUCUGGUGCUAGGCGCCACGUUCCCUUCAUCAUUUCCUUUUGGAAUUUUCUACCUGUUAUCGGACCUUCUAUCUAGAGGUGUCAUCUCGAUUUUUCCUUUCACAUGUCAAGGCGUCAAGGUCGUUGUCGGGUUUCCGCUACACACACGUCUACGACUGAACGGUUACCUCUAUACCCAGUGCGCUUGGUGCCGUUAGAACAAGUCAUCUCGGCUGAAACCCAAAACCAGAAGAAGGAUCGGUGCUAUCAUGGGGCAACCUGUUGCAGUGUAUUUUAGGUCUCAAGGCUAUUGCGGGAGUCAUCUUUGCGAUCGGCAUUAAGUGGAGUGUGCAUUUAGGGGAUUUUUUUUUUUUUUUCCGUCAAGGCGAAGGCGAAUUCGGGGACGCACAAAUUAAAUCAUUCACUCUGGACUAUCUACGCCUCUU